AUGACUCUGCUAACCAACCUUAUUCCACACCCUGACGAUAAAGUCCAAGACGUGUAUUCUAGCUUGCUAGAUCAAUUUCGGGAAUUCUUGAUUUCUAAAAUAAAUGAUAAGAACACUCUUCAUGUCCUUAGCCUAUGGCAAGACUGUGAUCAGCAUGACUAAAGAUAUUAAGGUUAAAUAUGGUCAGUCGCUAAGUAUACAUGAUACCUUUAACAUCGCUAAACUUGCCUAUGGUUAAGGAAAAAUAUAUAAUGUUGUGUAGAUCUUGAGUUGAAUUGUCCUCUACACGAGGAAAUACACUCUUUAGAAGUUUCCAAAUGAUGUUUGUGCUGCGUCCCUGGAUUGCGUAUUAUUUAGUUGUUCAACUAGUUCAACAUACAACUUGUGGGGACACCAACCUGAUUGUACUCUUCAAGACAAAUCCAUUGUGGGUAUGUUAAAUGAUAAAUGUGUUUUCAAUUCAGCUUGAGGAACUCAGUUUACAUUUUGCCUGGUCUUUCUCUGAUGCAAAAAGAGAAGUUAUAGGUUUCUGAGAAAACGUGCGCUGUUGCUGAAACUACGGCUUUAGGACCUUUGCAGUUGUUUAUUAUGUGGUUUACAUUUUAUACUUUCAUCAUAUGAAGAGACUUGUCAUUUAGUCCCCUUUUUUUUUGGGUUCUCCAAUUUAGCAUCCGGUCUAAUCUUUACUCUCUUUUUUUCAUGAUAAGUUCUCUAAAGUUUAUCUAUUGGUAAAGAAUUUCCUUAAAAUCUUCAUAUUUGUCAUUCUUUUCAGGUUGUAUCUCGGCAGAUGAUCAUGGAAACCGCCUAUUUCUCUCUGAUACCAACCACCAUCGAAUUAUUGUAACUGAUGGUGACGGGAAAAUUUUGGAUUGUGUAUGUGCAGUAAAAAGCAUUUCCCCGUGAAAUUUCUUUUUAAGAGAUUUUAUGGAUCAUUAUAGUUUCUUUUGAUAACAAGCUUCCAUAUUAUCUAGGAACGAUUCUCUGCCAUGUCAUUCUAAACAGAAAUGUAAACUUUUACUACAUAGUUUACUGUGAUGCUGCCUCUAUCCGGUGGUCGAUAGAGUGUAGCGUUCCUCUCUUUUUUUCUUGAGGGAGGCAUACGGCUUUCUACCCUACAUACUGGGGUUCCCCCCAAAGCUAAAUGGAAUUUUUACCCUUGUGGUGAUCUUCAGAAACCUUUUCUAGCUGACGCAGCUCUACUAGCUGCUGGUAAUGCUGCUCUGGAUGCCCCAGAAACUCCCACAGGCAGCUGUCAAGCUGCAGGCUUUGGAGUCCUCAAAACCCCCCCAGCAAUCCUGGCUCAAUUGCUCGGAGCUUUGUCUUGUACUGGCGCAAUCCUUUGAUGUGCUAGGAUGAUUAUGUUGAACUGGUUAACUUUGUUUUUUUCAGAUUGGAUGUUCUCCUGGUUUUGAGGAUGGCGAUUUUGAUUCUUCUAAGAUGCUGCGCCCUGCUGGCUCACUUUACCAUGACGGUGAAGAUUGCUUAUACUUUCUGGACACAGAGGUACAAUGUGUGUUAAUUAAAUUCAAUCGGCUCACAAAGCAUGCUAAAUUCUGUCAGGAUUUUACUAUUAUGGGAUCUUAGAUUUCUACUUUUCUAAAUUCUACUUGCUUAUUGGCAUGCAAAAUAUUGGUUGCUCAUAUGUUUCAUCAAAUGUCAGAGUUUUAGAACCAUGGUUUAGCAAAUUAAAGAAAUUUUUUAUGGUGUGUAAAUUAUUGAAUUAUAUCAGAAAAAAAAUCAUUUUUCGCGGAGUUAAAACUUAGCCGUGAGAUGUAUUCGAUUCAAUUAAUUGAUGAAACAAAUCUCAGAAGCAUCUUGUGCUCUUAUAUUGCUGCGAGACACUAUCACUCAUUGGAGCUUGUACGAUCGAAUUAGUAGAGACAGAAAAGUUGUAUGGGAACUGACAGAAGUAAACAAUAUGGACUUUAAAGAAACAGCAUCUGGUCUUUUCCUCUGGUAGCACGUGUUUAUUAGGAUUCAAACUCAUUUCAGCAACUGAAAUAAUAAGAUAGUACAAAAUAAGGCACUUGGCACUUCUCAGGUAAAAGACAGCCUAGAAAACUUUCAUCGCACGUACUAUUUUCUUGGUUGCGGAAGAACCAUUAUGAAUGAGAAAGGAGGAGAUAACCUUAGGGCAUGCCCAUUAACUAUCUUGCAGCUCUGCUUUCGCUUAUCUAUUACCUAGCUGAUUACUGUUUUUGCUUGAAUUCUGGUUACUUUAUCCUAGCUCGCAAUGCACUGGAUGUUGAGUCUGUCACUAUUUGUGAUUUUGUUUCAUUUUAAUUCGUAAAGAAUUGUGCAGUCAGGAGAGCUGAUCUAGGAAAAAGAGUACUGGAAACCUUGUAUCCUGCGCACGAUAAAAAAGUUUCAGGUGUAUGGAGCUGGAUUUUGGAUAAACUUGGAGUUGGAAGAAAAUUUAACAUAGAGGCUACUGAGUCUGAUAAGAAUUUGCUUUCAUGUCCCUGGCAUCUGAUGAAGUCUGGGGAGGAUGAUCUUCUUGUCUUCAGUCGUAGGUAGUGUUUCUUUCUUGUUCAUCCUAUUAUCUGGUUAUUUUCAUUUAUUGCAAGCGUUUGGCUUGCUCUCAAUUUAUGUGAAGAUCAAUAUUUCCUAUGUCGAUGUCAUUGUAAAAGGAAAUUCCUGUAUCACCCUUAAUUCCUUUUCUCAAUGAAAGGAAAAGCAAGGUACAUUUCUUUUUAUCUGCUUCUGGACACAGUAAUGUUUGUAAGAUAGUUUUGAGGAAUGAAGUAUGUAGGUUUAAUUUCAUAUAGGGUUUAAGGAUACUGCGGUCGCCAUAAGUCAAAGUGUGUUGUCACAGAAAGAGAAGCAGCAUAGUUUCAGUCUCCUGACUUCUGUUCACCUUUGACCUAUUCUAGCAUAUAUGUGAACACCACCUUUGCAGCUCAACCUCCUCUCUCUCUCUCUCUCUCUCUCUCUCUCUCUCUCUCUCUCUCUCUCUCUCUCUCUCUCUCUCUCUCUCAUCAGUUCACGUGCUCCAGAGGCCCCAUGGGUCUUACCUUCAAACUUUUUAUUUUUUGUUAUAUGACGUGUUUUUAAAUUAGAUGAUUGCGAGAUGAUCUCUAGAUGGGUAAUCUUUUCCAUUGCCCAUAUGCAGUUUUGAAACCUUAUGGGUGAUGAGCAUGACUAGUGGGGAGAUCAAAGAAGUCCACAAAGGUAUGUGUGGCUUUGUUCGCAAUACCCAGAUUGUCAAUUCUCUGCUCUUUAAUAGACUCCGACCUGAAAUUUUUUACAGGAUUUUCAAAUAUCAUGGAGACCCACGGGAAGAUAAUUAUGGAAAGGGCUUCUCUUCUAAAGGAGAUUAUCACGGAUGCGGAGAACCCAAGUCUUGAUCUUUGUUCUUCAUCACAGAAGAUCCCAUAUCCUGGUCUGAUGUCAUCGAUAGCUAACCUCCAGCAUGACAUCAUAUCCUGUGAUCCAGGUAGACAAACUAAACACUUUGCCUUUCUUCGGUCAAGAUCGCUCACCAGCUUUGACAUGGCAAAACGGCAUCACUAACGUUCUUUCUGGCUUCAGUGGGUCAAAGGGUUUGUAAGUAUCAGAUGGGUUCCAGAGACGUGACAAACAUCCAAUUUACCAAUUUUGGCGUUCUUGGCUUGCCAUAUUGGAUGCCAUGCCCACUAGAAAAUGUAGCUUUCAGGUUGCCUGCCCAACCGAUGUCUUUUGGUGUGAAGACUUUGAUUCAUGUUCAUGUUCGCCUCACAUAAUUGGUGCUUCUUUCAGUGGAAACCCCCAUGGAGAGCAAUCUAGUGAUCAUCUUCAGUGCUUCAACGUGCUGCCAGGUAUCCAGCUACAGCACCCUCUUGAUGGAGAUUGAGCCUGCUUUGAUAUGAACAGUCAUCCUCGGAGCAUUUCUGUGCAAGCUCUUUUUUCUCUCUCCUUUUUUUAGUAGGUUGUGGCAUUCCAAUGCGGCAGCUGUGUUCUCAUGGCCGCCCCUCGUGCAGGGCGGUGUGACAUAAGGGUGAAGGUGCGUGUCCCAGAGGGCACCGCGCUUGCUGCGCCAUUGCUGGAAAGUUGCAUCUGGCGGCAGGCCAGGGGAGCUGCCGCCGAGAUUUCUGCGCCGGAACUGGCGGCGGCAUCAGUGGAUAAGGCAUCAAUCUCCAUUUUUAGAAAUGAUGGUACUUUCAGCUCCUUGCUUACCUCGGUGAUUUGACGAUUUCUUUCUGGGUUCUUGAAGGUCGGCGCCGCCCAGAAGUGGUUCGAUGAGCUGGAUAACCUUGCCUUCUCGCCCGCCCCGGAUGGUUCGACCAUGCAAAGUCAAGAGACUGGCGCAAUGAAAAACGCCGUUGACUCCAACUCUGUGCACAUUGAUUGCGCCGUCAACACCAGCCCGGGGACAAGCGAGGUAUCUCAAAAUCCAGGAUAUGCAGUGAUUAUAUUUUCCGAGUUGACUUCUGAUCGCUUUGUUUGGACCACCCAGGUUGUUAUUUCUGCAGUCUUAUAUCUGAAGCUUGAAGAAGCUGGGGAUUCUCUGGGGAACAAGGUCAGAGAAAGUGCGAGAAGACUUCUAGCCCUGGAGGAGAAGUCAGAGCACGAAGCAUGCGUUGAUCUGCUGCUGGAAUCGCGCGAGGACGUGAGAGAGAUCGUCUUCAUGAAGCCCUUGCGUUUGAGACUACGAUUGGACUGCGGAGACUAUCUUCCCGCCACGACGUCCAAAGAGCUUCUUCCCACCGACUGUUCGCUAGAAGUCAACGUCUCUCUAGUUUAG